CGCUGAGGCGCAGAAGCUAACAGUGCUAACAAGUCUCUCAGAGUGCUUCAGUCUGAGCUCGAGAGCUGUGUUCAUUAGGUGCUUUUCACCUUUAUGGUUCUAAUGUUCGGUAGCUUUAGAAUGAAAAGAUGGUAGUUAAAGCGAGAAAAGCGGGCGCGAAGGAGCCGAACGAGCGGAGUGACGGGAAGAGCAGGAGAGGGAGAGAAGGGAAGAGCUCGCAGCUCCACGGGAAAAACCCCGCCAUCAUCCGCCACAAGCUCGGCCUCACGUCCACUCCAGCAGCCCCGACACCGCCGCCUCUCUCCUUCCUGACCGCUCUCUUCAUCUGCACUCUCGCUCUUGGCGCAGGGUUCCUCCACUGGUACCACCUCUCUGAGCUGUUUGAGAAUGACCGGCACUUUUCCCACAUGUCCUCUCUGGAGAAGGAGAUGGCCUUCAGAACAGAAAUGGGUCUGUAUUACUCCUACUUUAAGAGCAUCAUCGAGGCUCCGUCCUUCCUGAACGGUCUCGGACUGAUCAUGAAUGACCGGCUCACCGAGUAUCCUCUGGUCAUAAACACAUUGAAGAGAUUUAACCUGUAUCCCGAGGUGGUGUUGGCCAGCUGGUACCGUCUUUACUCCAGCACUAUGGAGAUCUUCAGGAUUCCCACUAAGAUGUGCUGGACCAUCAACAGAGGAGAGGAUUUGGAUCCUGUAGAGAGCUGUGAAGGUAUGGGAGAUCCUGCAUACUUCUAUGUGACUUUUGUUUUCCUCUUAAAUGGAGCCAUGAUGAGCCUCUUUUACAUCUCCGGAGCCUACCUGAGUGGCAGUAAGAUGGGAGGAGUGGUCACUGUGCUGUCCUUCUUUUUCAAUCAUGGAGAGAGUACACGGGUGAUGUGGACUCCUCCCCUCAGAGAGAGUUUCUCGUAUCCCUUCCUGGUUCUGCAAAUGCUCCUCCUCACACACAUCCUCAGGAUGAGGAACCCAAGCAGGAACAGCAUGGUGGCGCUGGGCGUGGCCACAGUCAUGUUCAUGCUGCCAUGGCAGUUUGCCCAGUUUGUCUUACUCACACAGGUGGCAUCUCUGUUCGCUUCUUACAUCCUGGGUUACCUGAGUCCGGCUAAGAUGCAGGCCCUGUUGCUCACACACAUGGUGUCUCUGGGUGUGUGUUUCAUCCUUAUGUUCGGAAACUCCAUGUUACUGACGUCCUUCUACGCCUCCUCUCUCAUCUCCAUCUGGGCUGUAGUUGCUCUGAGGAAUCAGUUUGCACAGAUGUUUAGAGCCGGUCCCCUCACACGGGUGAUGCAGUGUGUAGCGUGGGUCGGGACUACAGUCGUCCUCAAGUUCCUGUUAGCGCUCAUAUUUGGGGCGUCGGAUGAUGCUCACAUCAGCAGUCUGAUCAAGUCCAAGUUCACCAGCUACAAGGACUUUGAUACCAUGAUGUACACCUGUGCAGCUGAGUUUGACUUCAUGGAGGUGGAGACGGUUCUGCGCUACAUCAGAACCCUGCUGCUCCCCGUGAACCUGCUGGUGGUCGGUGUUAUUACUCUAAAGAUCAUGAAGGACGUGAUCGUGUUCCUCAGACACCGAGAGCAUGUUGAGGUCGAGGACGAUCCGACGGAGAAGCUGACCAAGGCAGUGUGGGUGUAUCACACACUGCAGUUGGUAGCCUUUGCUGUUCUGGCGGUUCUCAUCAUGAGGCUGAAACUCUUCCUCACUCCACACAUGUGCCUGAUGACGUCACUGCUCUGCUCCAGACAGCUGUUUGGCUGGGUGGGUGAGAAGAUGAAGCAGUAUGCUGCUGUGGUUAUUAUCGUGUCCAUCAUGGCAGUUCAGGGCGUGGCCAACCUGCAGCAGCAGUGGAGCAUCAUGGGAGAAUUCAGCAACCUCCCUCAGGAAGACCUGCUGGAGUGGAUCAAAGUGAACACACCACCGAAUGCAGUGUUUGCCGGUGCGAUGCCCACCAUGGCGAGUGUGAAGCUGUCAGCAGGCAGAGCCAUCGUGAAUCACCCACACUAUGAAGACGCAGGACUCAGGGAGAGGACAAAGCUGGUUUAUUCCAUGUACAGCCGGAAAUCAGCCGAGCAAGUGAAGAGGAACUUGAUGAGUCUGCAUGUGGAUUAUUUCAUUCUUGAGGACUCAUGGUGCACCAGACGCACUAGGCCUGGCUGCAGCAUGCCGGAGAUCUGGGAUGUGGAGGAUCCUGUGAAUGCUGGGAAAACUCCGGUGUGUACGCUGCUGAGUCGAGACGCUCGUCCUCACUUCACCACCAUCUUCCACAACAAUGUCUACAAAGUGCUCAAAGUCCCCAAAGCACCGAAACACUCCAGAUAACUGUGUGUGUGUGUGUGUGUUUAAAUGUAGCUGGAGUUUAUCUACAAUCUGCUCAAUGCCAAGACCAGACCUGUGUGUGUGUGUGUGUGUGAGACUCUUCAGUUGUGAGUGUUUAUUUAUGAGACGUUGUUGCUGCUCUUCAUCGGAUCCGUAUCUCUUCAGGAGAACAGGAACAGGUUCUUCAUCUCUCCGAGUUUUUUAUUCUUUGGAGUGAAGUAUUUAUUUCUACUCUCAUUUUUUUCGGGUGUAUUUUCACACAGCCGGCCGUUUAUCAGAUAAAGCUGAAGUCUUUUUUAUAAGGAAGUCUGUAGAUGCUGCUUCCUGUCUCACAACCGUUAAGUGUUAUUUUUUUCACUUCCUGUCUAUGAUGCAGCUCUUUGUCUUCAGGAUCAUGUUGGAUUUUGUCAGAUUUGGAAAAUAUAAACCCAAGGUUCCCGUCCUCAGCGUUCCUCAGCGGGUUCUUCGCCUGUAGUGGCUCGUUGCGGUCAUCUCUGGUCAUCAGGUGAAUCGUCUACACUGCACUGUGAUAUGAGAAGGUGGAUUUGGUUCAUGUCCUCAGCCUGCCAGUGCAUCAUGGGAAAAUUUCACCAAAUUUUACUCAGACUCGAUUUAUUCUGUUUUUAUUUUUGUUCCUCUCGGCUCAUUUUAGGAGAACUUUUACUGCUGAGAUUUUUGUGAAUGCUGCCACUGAUUUAAAACUUAUAAAGACUCCCAUGAUGCACUGGGAUCAUCCCCUGCUCUCACUUCCACUGUUUUAACUCUAAAUCAUGCUGCAGAUUUUUUUAUUCUGACUGUAAAUCAGCUGAACCUGUGGUCAGUGUGUGGAAAUGGUGAAGGGAAGUGAUUAUGUUAAUAAAAUUUGAUGGCAUUUUAUGAAUAAAGUUAUUUGUAAUUUUGCACAA